GACCCGGAGUAUAAAUCUCCCUUCAUCGCCUUCUCUCCCACUCGCACACUCCCUCCCUCCCUCCAUUCCCCUUCACGAAGCAAGCAGAAGAUUCUCGAAGGAGAAGAAUCAGAGGAGGGAGAGAGCGAGAGAGAUCAGAUCUACUAGUACUACUGCUCAUCGGGGGUGGGGGCGGGGGAAAGGAAUAAUGGCGGAGGUGUCGGCGAGCGGCGGCGGAAUCACAUUCCGGGGACCGGCGGCGGACAUGGCGGCGCAAAUGGGGAUGAUGUGGGAGCUGAUAAAGGCGCCGGUGAUAGUGCCGCUGCUGAGGGUGUCGGUGUACGUGUGCCUGGCGAUGACGCUCAUGCUCUUCUGCGAGCGUCUGUACAUGGGGAUCGUCAUCGUCCUCGUCAAAAUCUUCUGGAAAAAGCCCGAGAAACGCUACAAUUGGGAGCCUCUCCGCGAGGAUUUGGAAAUCGGAAACUCCUCUUUCCCUCUCGUCCUUAUCCAGAUCCCCAUGUUCAAUGAAAGAGAGGUGUAUAAGAUCUCCAUUGGAGCAGCAUGUAAUCUUUCUUGGCCUUCGGAUAGAAUAAUCAUCCAGGUUCUUGAUGAUUCCACGGAUCCGAUAAUCAAGGAUAUGAUUGAGAAAGAGUGCAUAAGGUGGGCAAGCAAAGGCAUCAACAUUAGGUACCAAAUUCGAGAAAGCCGAGGUGGUUAUAAGGCGGGAGCCCUUAAGGACGGAUUAAAGCGUGAUUAUGUUAAGGAUUGCGAGUACGUGGCCAUCUUCGACGCCGAUUUCCGGCCCGAACCAGAUUUUCUCCGCCGUUCGAUCCCCUUCUUGGUCCAUAACCCGCAAAUCGCAUUGGUUCAAGCCCGCUGGCGGUUCGUCAAUGCGGACGAGUGCUUGUUGACCAGAAUGCAAGAGAUGUCUUUGGAUUACCAUUUCACUGUGGAGCAAGAAGUUGGAUCAUCCACCCAUGCUUUCUUUGGCUUCAAUGGGACUGGCGGUGUGUGGAGAAUUGGGGCCAUAAACGAGGCCGGUGGCUGGAAGGAUAGGACCACUGUGGAGGAUAUGGACUUGGCUGUUAGGGCCAGUCUUAAGGGUUGGAAGUUCCUCUAUCUUGGAGACCUCCAAGUAAAAAGCGAACUCCCUAGUACUUUCAAGGCCUUCCGUUUCCAGCAGCAUCGUUGGUCUUGUGGCCCCGCCAACUUGUUCCGAAAAAUGGUCAUGGAAAUUGUGAGGAACAAGAGAGUCAAUGUGUGGAAGAAGUUCUAUGUGAUCUACAGCUUCUUCUUUGUUAGAAAAAUCAUAGCUCACAUGGUCACGUUCUUCUUCUUUUGCGUCGUUCUUCCUUUGACAAUUCUUGUACCGGAAGUCGAAAUACCAAAGUGGGCAGCCAUUUACAUUCCUUGCAUCAUCACAACUCUCAACUCUGUUGGCACCCCAAGGUCAAUCCAUCUCUUGUUUUACUGGAUCCUAUUUGAGAACGUCAUGGCAUUCCAUCGCACCAAGGCUACCUUUAUCGGAUUACUAGAAGCCAAGAGGGCUAACGAGUGGGUUGUUACUGAAAAGCUGGGAGACACAUUGAAGAACAAGGCGAACGCCAAACAUACCCCUGCACCCAAGAAGACCAAAUCCCUUUUUGGAGACAGGAUUCUUCCACAAGAGUUGGGAUUCGCGGGAUUUCUUUUCGUCUGCGGAUGCUAUGAUUUCAUGUAUGGAAAGAAUCAAUACUUCAUCUACCUCUUCCUCCAAGUCAUCACCUUUACGAUUGCUGGAUUUGGCUACAUAGGCACCAUUGUUCCAUCUUAAGAGCUCUCUAUAUACAACACAUAUUCGUGAAAAUCUCCCAUCAGCUCCAUUCAUUUGUGCACACACGAAAAUGUAACUAUGAUCGGUAUGAUUUCUUGCAACAAGUUGAUUCAGAUAGAUACGGAGCACGGGAUCAUGAGGUAGAAUCUCCAGGGAACCCUGAGGAAGAAGCCAGAUUUGUUUUUGCUAUGGGGCUCUAGUUUUUUGUGACACAUAUAUAAAUUGAUUGUUUGUUUAGUGUUUUUAAUCUUUUGUCAAGAGGGGGGAAUAAGAGUGAGUGAGGGUAACAGGGGCAAACUUGUAAUCAACCUUUUGUGUCAUUAUUUAUAGCUUUGGAAUGCUUUUCUUUUGAUGAAUUAUCAUUAUAUUGUAUCAAUACUUUAUACUUUACUGUCUUGAGUUAGAAGAAGAAUUUGUGAGAUUAGUUUGCAAUAUAAACCUCUAUUUGUU